CGAAUGCUUGGAGCUGAAGACAAGUAUGCUCUUUUCAAUCUGAGUGAUUUUCUGUAAAGCGAAGCUGAAGCUUACACAACCUUCCACUUACGCCCACCGGCAAACAAGGUUUCCUCCGAUUCCUUUGUAGUAAGUUGAGAGCUUUGGGGUCGACUCAGGUUUCGGAAAAAUCUAGAGACAGAGACCCGGCUAUACUUUUUUUGGUCUGGGAAAUUCUAUAGAGAGAGAGAGAGAGAGAGAGAACCCGUUUGCUUUUGUUGUUUUGCAUUUGUCGGGUACUUUUGGCGUAGGGAGGAAUUUCCGUUAUGGAAGUGAGAGAAAAAGUGUUUCUUUGGGGUUUUCAUGGUUUUAGAGACAGGUUCUUGGGGUUUUGACAGAUUUUGAUGAUUAAGUUUCUUAGUAUGGCAGACAGAAUAGGCACCGUUUGAUCAUGUUGGUUCAGUCAGAAAGUACUAUAUUCUUGGUUUGGGGGUAAAGGAGGAAGAGAGUUGAAUUGCUUGGUGAGCUUCUAAAUAAUUUUGUUCUGAAUAGAAGCAUGGCUGUGGCGAGUGCUGUGCCUGCAAUUACACGAGGUUUCAGGUCUGUGGGGUUUUCUCAGGACUUUGGGGUCACCGGCAACAUGGCUGGGGUGGAAGAAAUUGUAGAGGAGCCUAACAAAAGUGUGGUUAAUGACACUAUUUAUGUUACUGUGGCAAAAGAUUUGAAAGAGAGCAAGUUAAAUCUGACAUGGGCUAUACAAAACUCUGGAGGAAACAAGAUUUGCAUCCUCCAUGUUCAUGUGCCUGCAACUAAGAUCCCCUUGAUGGGCACUAAGUUUCCAGCAAGUUCAUUGAAAGAAGAGGAAGUUGAAGCAUACAGGGAGCUUGAAAGGCAAAACAUGCAUAAGAAUCUAAAUGAACAUCUUCUCUUCUGUUCGCGAAUGGGGGUGCAAGCAGAGGAGUUGCAUAUGGAAAUGGAAUGCAUCGAGAAAGGUAUUGUACAGCUUGUCUCUGAGCAUGGUAUCUGUGAGCUUGUGAUGGGGGCAGCAUCUGAUAAUCGUUAUUCUAGGAAAAUGCCGGACCUCAAAUCCAAGAAAGCCAUUUAUGUAAGUGAACAUGCUGCAGCUUAUUGUCGGAUACGGUUUGUCUGCAAAGGGCGCCUUAUACACACUAGAAAUCGCUGCUUGGAUGAUGGUAAUGAAGAGGUUGCAUCACCUUUGCCGCCACAGAGGCCAAACCCUGAAGUUGUGCGUGCACCUCAGUUGAGGUCUCAAUCUGUUACGGUGGGGCAGAAUGAUCGGAAAAGGCUGGAGUUACUUCCCAGAGCAAGGUCUGCCAUUUCUGGGCAUGAAGGGAGAAUAGAGACCUUUUCUUCUCCUGACACAGAACGGUUUUCCAGUCCAAGUAACAUAUUGGGUAUAGAAGCAGACGGGCUGUCAAGAAAGAGUCCUUCAGUUUUAUCAACAUGUUCUGAAAGUGGUGCUGUUGAAGCAGCAUUGACUCCUAAAUUGAUUUAUGAGGGGAGUGAAAAUGUAAUAGAAUCAAGUGAAUUUUCUCCAGUUAAAGCAAGUCUCCAUCGUCCAUCUCCUGUUAGCGUACUGGAUGGAGGAAUGGAUGACUCUCUCUACUAUCAACUUGAACAAGCCAUGUAUGAAGCUGAGACUGCUAGGCGGAAUGCCUUUCAAGAAACACUUAGGCGUGGGAGAGCUGAAAAAGAUGCACUUGAUGCUAUGCGGAGGGCCAAAACAUCUGAAAGCUUGUAUAAAGAAGGACUCAAACAAAGGAAACGAGUCGAGGAAGCGCUAGAAAAAGAAAGAGAAGAACUUGAAGGGGUGAAGGGCAACAGAGACAAAGUUAAGGAAGAACUAAGACUUGCCCUUGAUCAAAAGCUGUCUUUAGAGAGUCAAAUUGAAUCAUCUGUAUUCAUGGUAAGGGAGUUAGAGCAGAAGAUUAUAUCUAUGGUGGAUCUGUUGACAACAUACAAGAAAGAAAGAGAUGAGUUACAGAUGCAGCGCAAUGAUGCAUUGAAAGAGGCUGAGGAGUUGAGGAAAAAACAAGGAGAGGUUUCAAGCGUCAAUGGGCCUGAGUCGUUUUCAGAGUUCUCUUUUCAAGAGAUUGAACAUGCAACAAGAAACUUCCAUUCAUCCCUAAAGAUUGGAGAAGGGGGAUAUGGAAAUAUCUAUAAAGGUACCUUGCGUCAAACCGAAGUGGCCAUAAAGAUGUUGCACGCAGACAACAAAUCGCAAGGACCUGCAGAGUUUCAACAGGAGGUUGAUGUAUUGAGUAAGCUAAGACAUCCCAACCUUAUCACCCUCGUAGGAGCCUGCCCAGAAUCCUGGACUCUUGUCUACGAGUAUCUACCAAAUGGAAGCCUUGAAGACCGUCUCAAUUGCAAGGAUAACAUGGCUCCAUUAUUAUGGCAAACUCGAAUUCGCAUUGCUGCUGAGCUCUGUUCUGCUCUCAUCUUCCUUCAUUGCCAUAGACCUCACUCCAUAGUGCAUGGAGACUUGAAACCCUCUAAUGUUCUACUUGAUGCUAACUUUGUUAGCAAGCUUAGUGACUUUGGAAUUUGCCGCAUAUUAUCCAAUAUUGGGACUUCAGGUGAUGAUACUACAGAUUGUUGUCGAACUGUUCCAAAGGGUACUCUAGUCUACAUGGACCCCGAAUUUCUCACCUCUGGGUAUCUUACGCUAAAAUCAGAUGUUUAUUCAUUUGGCAUCAUAUUAUUAAGAUUGCUGACUGGGAGACCAGCCAUGGGGAUAGCAAAGGAAGUGCAAUACGCACUAGACACUAGAAAGUUUAAAUCCCUCUUGGAUCCUUUGGCUGGAGACUGGCCAUAUGUGCAAGCUGAACAGUUGGCUCGUGUGGCUCUAAGGUGUUGUGAGUGGAAUCGAAAGAACCGACCAGAUCUUCGUUCAGAUGUCUGGACGAUACUGGAAGCAAUGACUGCUUUUUGUGGAGGCACGGAUUCCUUUUCCUUUAAACUGGGUUAUAAAGGGUCUGACCAGCCUCCUUCAUGUUUUAUCUGUCCAAUCCUUCAGGAACUGAUGCUGGAUCCGCAUAUUGCAGCGGAUGGUUUUUCAUAUGACGGUGAGGCGGUACGACGAUGGCUCGACAGUGGUCAGGACACGUCACCCAUGACAAACGCAAAGCUUAAACAUCGUGAAAUUGUGCCAAACCACGCUCUUCGCAGUGCAAUUCAGGACUGGCUACAAAAUCACUGAACUAGUUUCCCAUUCCCACUACCUCUUGUUUAUAUUUAGCAGUUUUGAGGAGAAAGUUCCGUACAUAGAUUUCUUCUUCAAUUUUGUUCCAUUGAAUCAUGUGCCAAACCUGUCUU